GAUUCAGUCCACCCGGUUGUUGGAGAGCUUGGUUCAGCGCCACAGAAGUGUCGACUACGUUUGCAGUUGCAUUGAAGUGCAGCAGAGGAAGAAAUGGAUCCAAAGCGACCACCCUUUCCGGGGCCCCCAGGGGUCACCCGCAUGCCAUGGAUGCUGUCAGCAGAAGAUCAGGGUCAAUUUCCUGACCAGCCCCCAUUGGGGCGAGCCAGAGGUCUGGUUCUGCCUAAAGAUGAACCUCUUCCUGGACGAGGUAGAGCCUUAGGCGUACCUGGAGAAAUGCCUGUGCGGUUUGGGAGAGGCAUAACUCCGUCUGUAAGCGAGCCUCUGGUGGGCAUCCCUAGAGGAGUGCGAUUACCGACAGACGAGGGAGGUUUUGGAAGAGCCCGAGGUUUUUUGCUGCCCACUCCAGAGCCCAGUGUUGGGAUAGGGAGAGGGGCUGCUGUGGGACCAGUGCCUACACUGGACAUUGAAAAAUCAGAUGUACAGCAAAAGAUGCCUGAGCUGCAAACAGAGGUGGCUCCAGCGAUCGCCCAGCGUAAUACAGUAAAUUCCACGACAGGAUUCCGUCCGUGUUUUCUGCAUCACGGACGAGGGGCAGCAGGCGAUUUGGGGGCAGAUGUCCAGUCUAAGCCGACCAUCAUUGGGGCAGCUGCUCUGACUCCGGAAAGAGAAGAAGCCCGCUUAGAAGAAGCCAUCAGUGUCCUGGGCAGAGGAUUUGUUGGUGUUGGCAGAGCUGCGUUGCCCCAUAUGAGUGUAGGCCGUGGACCAAUUGGCCCGUCGGGUCCCGUUGCUGCCCCGUUCUCCUUGCAGUCUGCUGCCUCCGUCUCUGAAGAAGCCCCAGUUCCUCCAGGAACACCCCCAAAAGUUGAAGUGAAAAUUGAGACAGUGAAGGAGCCUCUGCAGAAAAUGGGAACAAAAGGCUGUCCCGUAUCCAUCGGGUCAAACUACAUCCCCAUCUGUUGCAAAAAUGAAGCUGUGUUUCAGUACCAUGUUACUUUUACGCCGAACGUUGAGUCUCUCGGUAUGCGCUUUGGUAUGAUGAAGGAGCAUCGGCCUACUACAGGGGAGGUAGUGGCUUUUGACGGAUCCAUCCUCUAUCUGCCAAAACGUCUUGAAGAGGUUGUUCAUCUUAAAGCUGAGAGAAAAACUGACAAUCAAGAGAUUGACAUCAAGAUCCAGUUGACAAAGAUUCUGCCGCCCAGCUCUGAUCUGUGUAUCCCAUUCUACAACGUGGUCCUAAGGAGAGUGAUGAAAUUACUGGGGCUGAAGCUGGUGGGCAGAAACCAUUACGACCCCAACGCUGUAGUGAUUCUCGGCAAACACAGGCUUCAGGUGUGGCCUGGAUACUCCACCAGUAUCAAGCACACUGAUGGCGGCCUCUACCUCAUUGUGGACGUCUCGCAUAAGGUGCUGCGAAAUGACUCUGUGCUGGAUGUGAUGAACCUGAUUUACCAGGGAAGUCGUGAGAGCUUUCAGGACGAAUGCACAAAGGAGUUUGUCGGCUCAAUCGUCAUCACGCGCUAUAAUAACCGCACUUACCGUAUCGAUGACAUCGAGUGGUCCAAGUCUCCCAAAGACACUUUCACCUUGGCUGACGGAACUGUGACCACGUUUGUCGAUUACUACAGAAAGAACUAUGGCAUCACCAUAAAGGAACUGGACCAACCACUGCUCAUCCAUCGUCCAAAAGAGAGGUCCAAACCAGGAGGAAAGGUUAUAACGGGUGAAAUCCUGCUGCUGCCGGAACUCUCCUUCAUGACCGGCAUCCCUGAAAAAAUGAGGAAAGACUUCAGAGUCAUGAAGGAUCUGACCAUGCACAUCAAUGUGGGAGCCGAGCAGCACACCCAGAGUCUCAAACAACUGCUGCACAACAUCAACAGCAAUAACGAAGCGGUCUCCGAGCUGGCCCGCUGGGGCCUCAGCAUCAGCCAAGAGAUUCUAGUGACUCAAGGAAGAACUCUGCCCAGCGAGACCAUCUGCUUGCAUUCAGCUUCUUUUGUCACGUCUCCGGCAGUAGACUGGUCCAGAGAGGUGGUUCGAGACCCCUCCAUCAGCACUGUUCCUCUGAACUGCUGGGCUGUUUUCUAUCCCCGGCGGGCAACCGAUCAGGCAGAGGAGCUCGUGACUACUUUUACGAGGGUAGCCGGACCAAUGGGCAUCAGAAUUGAGCGGCCCAUCCGCGUAGAGCUACGGGAUGAUCGAACCGAGACCUUCGUCAAGAGCAUUCACUCUCAACUCACCAGUGAGCCCCGUGUGCAGCUGGUCGUGUGCAUUAUGACCGGAAACAGAGACGACCUGUACAGCGCCAUCAAAAAGCUCUGCUGCAUCCAGAGUCCAGUACCAUCACAGGCCAUCAACGUACGGACCAUCUCGCAGCCACAGAAGCUCCGCAGCAUCGCUCAAAAGAUCCUUCUGCAGAUUAACUGCAAACUGGGAGGAGAGCUGUGGACGGUAAAUGUUCCUCUGAAAUACCUGAUGGUGAUUGGGGUGGAUGUUCACCAUGACGUAAGCAAGAAGAGCAGAUCUGUCAUGGGCUUUGUAGCAAGUCUCAACAGCAUGCUGACCAAAUGGUAUUCCAGGGUUACCUUCCAGAUGCCUCACGAGGAGAUAAUCAACGGCUUCAGAGUCUGUCUGCUGGCUGCCCUGCAGAAAUACUACGAGGUGAACCACGCCUUCCCUGAGAAGAUCGUCAUCUAUCGCGACGGCGUGUCUGACGGACAGCUCAAGACUGUGGAGCUUUACGAGAUCCCUCAGGUUCUGAAAUGCUUCGAGACCAUCCCGAACUACGAACCGAAGCUGGCUUUCAUCGUGGUGCAGAAGAGGAUCAGCACCACCCUGUACUCCUACGGAUCCGACCACUUCGGCACGCCCUCGCCAGGAACCGUACUGGACCACACCGUCACAAACAGAGACUGGGUGGACUUCUACCUAAUGGCACAUUCGAUUCGACAGGGUUGCGGCCUGCCCACUCAUUACAUCGCAGUGUACAACACUGCAAACCUCACCCCUGACCACUUACAGAGGUUGACCUUCAAGAUGUGCCACCUGUACUGGAAUUGGCCCGGAACGAUACGCGUUCCUGCACCGUGCAAGUACGCCCACAAACUGGCCUUUCUGUCUGGUCAGUACCUCCACUCAGAGCCUGCCAUCCAGCUCUCAGAGAAACUGUUCUUCCUGUGAAUGAGACCCGUUCAGCGUCUCAAUCAGACACAAGAGGGAUCGAAUCUCCCUCUUUCGUUCUUGUUUUUUUUUUUUUUGCUUUUUUUUUUAUUGCUGUUCUUAAAAGUACUGUUCUGAAUGUU